AUGGAAACGGGGACAACAGCGAGGACAAACGGCACCACCGGGAAGGCCGAGGAUGUGAAGAGCCCAACCACCCCCAAGAAAGAAGAGGAGGCGAAGAAGGCGACGAGCCCUGGCGGGGGUGAGAAAGAAGCUAUAAAAGGCACGGGCGGUGCUGCGCUGGAGACGGGGCAAAUCAAGAGCUCCCUCUUCUCUGGGAGUGACUGGAAGAGGCCCAUCAUUCAGUUUGUGGAGUCAUCCGACGAGAAGAGGUCAACCUACUUCAGCAUGGACUCGGCUGACUCCAAGAAGAUGCAGUAUGCCAGCGGACAGAUAGGAGACCUGAGGAGGCCAGCCCUCUCCUUCCCAGAGAAAGGCGACCUCAGGAAGUCCCUCUUCUCCUUGGAUUCCAAAAAGAGCUUCCUGCCCAGCGAUGGGGAGGGGAGGAAGUCCCUGUUCUCUGCGGGGCAGAUGGGGGACCUGAAGAAGUCUUCUCUGCCUCUGGUGGAGACGGGGGACCUGAGAAGACCCUUCAACAAGCCGGACAGAGCAGCUGGCUCACGGCCCAGGGUGAAGCUCGAGGAUGUUCUGUGCGACUCCUGCAUCGACAACAAGCAAAAGGCUGUGAAGUCCUGCCUGGUGUGCCAGGCUUCCUUCUGUGAGCUGCACCUCAAGCCCCACCUGGAGGGAGCAGCUUUCCGGGACCACCAGCUCCUGGACCCCAUCAGGGACUUCGAAGCAAGAAAAUGCCCUGUGCAUGGGAAGACCAUGGAGCUGUUCUGUCAGACGGACCAGAUGUGCAUCUGCUACCUCUGCAUGUUCCAAGAGCACAAGAACCACAGCACGGUGACGGUGGAGAUCGAGAAAGCGGGGAAAGAGGCCGAGCUCUCGCUGCAGAAGGAGCAGCUGCAGCUGAAGAUCAUCGAGGUGGAGGAUGAAGUGGACAAGUGGCAGAAGGAGAGGGACCGGAUCAAGAAUUACACCACCAACGAGAAAGCCACGGUGGACCAGCAUUUCAAGGAGCUGAUCCGUGACCUGGAGAGGCAGAGGGAUGAGGUGAAGGCUGCCCUGGACCAGAGGGAAAAGAUUGCAUCAGAGAACGUGAAAGAAAUCGUGGAUGAGCUGGAGGAGAGGGCAAAGCUGCUGCGGGAGGACAAGGAGAACAGGGAGCAGAUCCACCAGAUCAGUGACUCCGUGCUCUUCCUGCAGGAAUUUGGGGCUCUGAUGAGGAAUUACGUGCCCCCUCCCUCUCUCCCAACCUACAGCGUGCUGCUGGAAGGGGAGAGCAUGAGCCCAUCCAUGGGGCUCCUCAGGGAUGACCUGCUCAACGUCUGCAUGAGGCACGUGGAGAAGAUCUGCAAGGCAGACCUGGGCCGCAACUUCAUCGAGAGGAACCACAUGGAGAACGGUGACCACCGGUUCAUGAUGAACAACUACGAGUGGAACCAGCCUGACAACUUGAAGAGGUUUUCCAUGUUCCUGUCUCCCAAAGCCAAUUUCAACCCACGAUCAUGGGAAUUUUCCUCCUUCCAAGCGACCGAGGAAACACUUGUAGGCAAUGGUACUAAGCUGCCUUUUCAGUUCUCCUCGGUGGGACAGAAUCCGCCCGGUGACUUCAGCAAACAGUCUGAUGGGAGCCUCUUCACUAAGACCGCUUACCCUUCCAUAGUGAGACAUCAGUCUGCAAAGGUGACGCCACAGACAUGGAAAUCCACUAAACAGUCUGUAUUGUCACAUUACCGCCCCUUUUACGUCAACAAAGGCAAUGGAGCCACUUCCAACGAGGCACCUUGAUCCCUGAAGAUUUAGGGAAGAGCUGGCAGCACUUGGAGUGAAGACUCAGCUGCGGAUUUUCAUGGAUGUACCUGCUACUAUAUUAACCUUACUGCUCUAAUCUCUGCCAGGGAGAGGGAAGGUGCAGCAGGGAAUAACCUUUGCUAGAGAAAACAAGGACUCUUUUUUUUUUUUUUUUCCCCCAAAUCACCCAAUUGCCUUGAAAGCUCCGCAGGCCUUAACAACGUAACCCCCUCCUUCUGCCGUCCCCUCGUCGUCCCCUGCCUGUUCCCCUCGCUGCUCUGCCUCUCCUGGGAAGCAUGCAUGCUUGGGUAGCACCCCCUGCCAAACAAACUUGCGUCCCCCCUUUGUCCUGAGUGGGUUUUUAGGAGCUGUUCCAAUCCUGGUGAAGGUCCCAAGCUUGGGGUGCUCUGCCCAGAACGGAGAGGUCCCAGCCAGCCCCUGGGAGCAGUGACAGGCUAAAAGCUCUUUUUGUGCCUCUUCUAUACCCUGUCACCCACCCUCUUUUGGGGACACCCAGCUUGGGGGCAGGUCCAGCACUGCCACCUCCCUGGAUCCCUGCAGGUCCCACCACGCUUCCCCAGGGUCCUCCACCAGCUCAGCUCUGCUCCUUGCCUGCCAAAAAGCCACGACAGGACCUCUGCAGAGCUGCUGCAGCCCAAGGCCUGCUGCUGGUGGAGGGCAGAGAGCCUUUCCAUCCCAUUAAAGUGCCCCUCCAGCCACCUUUUCAAAUUAAGAAAUAAAAAAGAAAAUCCAUCCCGCUAAUACAAGAUUGAUUAGACGCCAUAGGUGUUGGGUGCUUUUCUGUUUUCUAGUGGUUUUUCUUAAUUCCCCUAAACCAAAAUUGAUUUAUAUACUGUAGUUCAGGUUGGUUUUUUUUUAUUUUUUCCCUGCAGUGGGCAAUGAGAAUUAGCCCUGUAGCUCUUUGCUCAGGAUAAUAUUUUUUAUUUGUCCCCUGGACAGAUGAGUCACAUCAGCACCCAGCCUGCAAAGCAGCCAGGGCUGGUUAAGCGUUCCAUCAUCUCCCUGAGAUGAUUUUUCCCUCUCCAUGGACAAGCUGAGGGGUUGUGUCCAUGCUGUGCAAAAGCCUCCCCUGGUCAGUCAGUGGG